AUGUGGGCGACCCCGACGCUGCUACUGCUGGGUGUUUUGCUGGUGGCGCCAGACGCAGCUGCGACCGGCCUCAACACCCGCUACGACGAGACCACCGGACGCAUCCUGAUACUGACCCACAGGGGCGGCCGUGAAGUCGAACUGGGUUAUAUCGCAGCUGAGGGCGGCGAGCGGUUGCGUGCUCCAGUGCACGAGCGCCUUGUCAAUGGGGAACACUACGACUUCGGCCACUCCAAAGUGGUGAUCCAGCCCAAAGAUACAGCGGCCCGAUGUUUCACAGUUCGGCAGUGGGUGAACGCCUCUACUUCGGUACUGAGGAGUUGUCAGCACCACCUGUCCAGCCACAUCUACGGUGGGAUCGAGACAGCCAGACAGGUGUGGCCUAUUGAGAACACCGUAUACGACCAGUACCCCUACGUUACUGACCAGGACCUUCAUGCCGGUAUUGCUGCGCGAUACUGGCUUUUCUCAGACGGGAGAUUCGUCUACGUUCAAACUGAUGUCCCCCUUUUCAUCGACCAGAAUACCGAAGAGUCACUGAACAGACUGUGCUUCGUUGCUCAGAAUGCGGAUCCCUUUCCAGAACAUCGACAAGACAUCCUUAUGGACUACGACUUGUGCUUGCUGGACGGUCCGAGGCAGGCCCAUGAGUACGCCGUACAGGCCUACCUGGGGAAGCCGACAGCCACCCCAGAUGAACGCAUGGCCACGCAACCAAUCUGGUCAACAAUAAAUCGUUACCACGCUGAUGUUAGCGAUCAGAAUCUGAGGGCCCUUGCUAACGAGAUUAUCGCCAAUGGAUUCAACUACAGCCAGAUCGAAAUAGACGAGUACUGGGAGGUAUGUUACGGCAGUCUGACGUUUGAUCCGAACAAGUUUCCAGACAUGAAAGCCCUUACUGACGAUCUCCAUGCACUGGGAUUCCGUGUAACACUCUGGGUGCAUCCGUUUAUACUCGAAGGGUGUGAGCCGUAUUACUCCGAGGCGCUGGCUGCCGGAUACUUUGUGUCAAAUACCGAGGGAAGCACUCACACGUGGUGGAAGAAUAACGCUGGCAUUGUCGACUUCACCAACCCUGAAGCAGCCGCCUGGUGGACGGAUCGACUGUGGGCGCUCCGCAAUGAGACAGGAAUCGAUUCGUUCGAAUUCGACGCUGGUCAGACGAAUUACUUGCCUCAGCUGCCCAACAUACAACCCGUGGAACGGAACCCGGUGCGCUACAGCGACGAGUUCGCGAGAGCCGCCUCCCAGUUCGGUCCCCUGGUCGAGAUACAGACCGGAGUGGAGAGCCAGCGCCUGCCCAACUUCUUCCUGAUGGACGUCGUGGACAGCAAGUGGGGCACGGCUGGCGGUGUGGGGACGCUGCUUCCGAAGCUGCUGGAGCUCAGCAUCGUGGGCCACCCCUUCGUGAUGCCGGAGAUGGUGGGCGGUGCGACGUACGCUCUUCCGACCAAAGAGAUGUACAUUCGCUGGCUGCAGGCCACGAUCUUCAUGCCGGCCGUCAAGUUCUCCUACACGCCGUGGGAUUUCGACAAUGAGACGCUGGAGAUCUGCCGCGACCUGUUGUCGCUGCGUGCGCAGUACGCGCCGCGCAUCGUGGAGUUGAUGCAGAAGGCGGUGGAGGACGGCACGCCGGUCAACCUGCCCAUCUGGUGGAUCUCCCCCAACGACGACACGGCGCAGACCGUCGACUCAGAGUUCCUGCUUGGCGAGGACGUUCUGGUGGCGCCGGUGCUGGAGGAGGGCGCAGUCAGCCGCGACAUCUACCUGCCCAGCGGCUACUGGAGGGACGAAGCGGACCCGGAGCACCCCACCAUACGAGGGCCCCAGUGGCUGUAUGACUACUCAGCUCCUCUCAACACGCUGCCGUAUUUCAGCAGGAACGCCACAGCAUGA